UCUCCGUUACUCUCUCUCUCUGUCUUUUGCACUCCCUCCCCCGUCUCUAUAAGCCCUCUGUCUCUUAGCCAUCCCUCUUUCUCUAUAUACUCUAUUUUAGCUGUCCCUCCCUCCCUCUGUCUCUCUCUCUCUCUCUCUCUCUCUCUCUCUCUCUCUCUCUCUCUCUCUCUCUCUCUCUCUCUCUCUCUCUCUGUGGUCCUGCAGAGGCAGCUGGAUGGAUCAGCACUCCUCCUUUCUCACUUUCUCUCCUCUGUCUCUCUCAGUGUGGAUUUUACUGGCAGCUGAGGCUCAGUAGGAGUGUAGAGAUCACAGAGUGGAAAAGACCGAAAGAGGAAAAGAGUGAAGGUUUGCUGAUCCAGGUGCAUUUCCUCACCACUGGGGUCAUGGGAAGAUUGGUGGGGUCCAUGAUGGUAGGGCAGGUGGUUCAUCAGCUCCUCCUCUUCAUCACCUUCAUCUCUGCUCUUUCUCCACCACAACCCAGAGUCUUCCUCCCCUUUCAAGAACUGCAGACAACCCAGGCCUUUGAGUUCUACACUCUGUCAGAAAAGGCCAUGGACUACAGAAUCCUGUUUAUGGAUGAGGAUCAGGACCGCAUGUAUGUGGGCUGCAAAGAUCAUGUGCUCUCUAUGGACAUCAACAACAUCACUCAGGGCACGCUAAAGUUAUUCUGGCCGGCGUCCAACACUAAGAUCGAAGAGUGUCAGAUGGCUGGCAAAGAUCCCACACACGGCUGUGGAAACUUCCUGAGAGUGAUUCAGCCCUACAACAGGACUCAUCUGUUCAUCUGUGGCAGCGGCGCCUACAGCCCUGUGUGUGCCUAUGUCAACCGUGGCCGGAGACCUGAGGAGAAAGUGUUCCAUAUUGCAUCGCGGGCAGAGUCAGGGAAAGGCCGCUGCUCCUUCAGCCCACGGGUCAACACCGUCUCGGUCAUGCUCAAUCAGGAGCUGUUCUCUGGCAUGUAUAUAGACUUCAUGGGGACAGAUGCGGCUAUCUUCAGGAGUCUGACCAACAGAAAUGCAGUGAGGACUGACCAGCACAACUCUAAAUGGCUGAGCGAGCCUGUGUUUAUCGAUGCGCACUUGAUCCCAGAUGGAUCAGAUCCAAACGACGCCAAACUUUAUUUCUUCUUCAGAGAGAGGCUGACAGACAACAGCGGAAACACCAAGAACAUACACACCAUGGUUGCACGAGUGUGUCCUAAUGAUACAGGCGGUCAGCGCAGUCUAGUGAAUAAAUGGACCACAUUUCUGAAAGCCAGAAUGGUGUGUUCUGUUCUGGAGGAGGACGGCACCGAGACACACUUCGACGAGCUUGAAAGUGUGUUUUUGCUGGAGACAGAGAAUCCGAAGGGCCUCUUGCUGUUCGGAGUUUUCACCUCCACCAGCUCCGUGUUUAAGGGUUCAGCAGUGUGUGUGUACAACAUGGCUGACAUCCUGACAGUCUUUAAUGGGCCAUUCGCUCAUAGGGAGGGUCCAAAUUUCCAGUGGGUGGCGUUUCAGGGGCGCAUCCCGUACCCUCGGCCAGGAACAUGUCCUGGUGGUGCGUUCACUCCUCAUAUCCAGAGUACUAAAGAGCUCCCUGAUGAUGUUGUGAUGUUCAUGAGGAAUCACCCACUCAUGUUUAACCCUGUUUACCCGGUGAGCCGCAGACCCAUGCUGGUCAGAACUCAUGCUGAGUAUAAAUACACCUCCAUCGCUGUGGACCAGGUGACUGCGGCUGAUGGACACUACCAGGUUUUGUUCCUUGGUACAGAUAAAGGCACGGUGCAGAAGGUGGUGGUGCUGCCCACAAACCGCUCACUAGGAGAAGACCUGAUUCUGGAGGAGCUGGAAGUGUUUAAGAACCAAGCUGCCAUAACCAACCUAAGAAUUUCCUCUAAGAAGCAACAGCUGUACGUCAGCUCGGAGCAUGGUGUAUCCCAGGUGUCUUUGCAUCGAUGCCAUGCCUAUGGCUCAGCAUGUGCGGACUGCUGUUUAGCGCGGGACCCCUACUGUGCUUGGGACGGAAUGAGCUGCUCCCGCUUCUAUCCCACCGGAAAAAGGAGAAGCAGAAGACAGGACAUUAUGUACGGAAAUCCGCUCACGCAGUGCCGAGGGUUCAAUCUGAAAGCCUACAGGAAUGCAGUGGAGAUGUCCCAAUACGGGAUCAGGAAUAACACCACCUUUCUGGAGUGUCUGCCCAAAUCACCCCAGGCUUCCGUCCGAUGGCUCAUCCAGAGAGACAAUGACCGCAGGAAAGAGGUGAAACUGAGUGACCGUGUGGUGGCCACUGACCAUGGCCUGCUGAUCCGUUCAGUGCAUUCAUCUGAUCAGGGUCUUUAUUACUGCCUGGCUACAGAGAAUGGCUUCAAACGUACUUUGGCUAAGAUCCGCCUGCGUGUGCUGACGGAGGCUGUGGUCAGCGCACUCAACGAUAAGCAGCGGUCAGUCUGGGGCUGGGGCCUGAGCCCCAAAGCGUUGGCCUCGGCCUUCAGCCCUGCAGAGACGCUGGCCAUGCAGCAGUAUUGCAAAGAGCGCAAACAGCUCCAGAGCUUUCAGGGGCCACUGAGAGGGGACCUGGCCAAACUCAAACCACUGCUGGACCACAGCAAGAGCCGCAACCGCAGGAACCAUUGACCCCAGGAAGUUGAGGGCUGGACAGAAGGAGAUGAGGAGAAGUGUUGGAAAGAACUAGAGAGAUGUAUGGAGAAAAGAAUGUAGGACAUGAAACCUAUUUGCAAAAAGGAGACAAAAGGAUAAGCAAGGAGCGCAGAGGCAUUAAAGGGAUAUUUUGACAAAAAAUCAAAUGUACCCACUUUUCUCCUUUAUGCCUAAUGUACUUGAUCAAUUUGGUGAAGUUUGCUUCUUUAGUUUUACACUGGAGCUACAAGGCUAACGUAGCACACAUGUAGACCAAAUAGCAUGGUGCUAACUAUUGAGAGGAAUCAUCAUGCACAUGUUCAGACCAUGUUGAGAUGACAUUAGCCGUGUAGUUCCUGGACAAAACUAAAGAAGUAAAUUUCGGUUACCAAAUGUGUGUUAGCUGAUCCACUACUUUUGGGAUAAGGGGUAAAUUGUUUACAUUUGAUUUUUCCCCAAACUAUCAUUUUAACAUAACUCCUUUAGUAUGGACCUCUUUUUUUUUUUGCUCCACAAGCUUCUAGCACCAUAGGCUGGGUGCUUCUGUACAGAUCUGUUAAAUGCAUGAGGUACGCUGACCAGAUGACUGUGAUCCACAACACACACAUGAGCACACAUGUUUAAGCUUGCUCAUGGAAUUUUCUUUUGUCCUAACCAACUACAGCAUGUGUUUUUUAAAGGAGAACUCCAACCAGUUUUCCAGAUUUAUGUGUAAUUCAGUGGUUGAGAUGUAAAUGAAAUAAUUCAGAGUGGUUUGAUGUGAUACGGUUCAUUGUGGAGAAACUUACCAACUCUGAUUUCUGCACUGUGGCAGUGAAAGCAACCAAGGGUCACAAUGUCUACAACACCAAUAUACAAUUUUAUUUACUAUCCAGAAUAACCAGUGUAAUUUACAUGUAAUGUUGAUGAAGAUAAAAUAGCAGUAAAUAUGAAAUUAAAAAUGUUUUUUGGGAACUAUUUUGCUCUCUUAACACCUGCAUGUAGGUCUCUGCCAUAAAUGGCUUUAAAAAUAUAUAUAUAUUUUUUUAGACCAGAACCUUCUUAAAAUUAUUAUAACACACUGUCUCAGGCAUCAGGCAAUAUAUUCACAACCAUUUCAAGUGACAAGUUUCUGUGAAACAGAAACAUUAGAUGUCUGGCUCCUAUCACCACCGCUGUGACCAAUUCUGACUCAGUAAGGUUUUCUAGAACAGAGCAUUUCACAUCAAACCACUGAAUGACUUUGUUUACAUUGUUUAAUUUUGCAGAAAGGUUUAAAAAGUUGGUGGAAAGCUCUAGCUGCGUUUAAUGUUUCAUUACAAACUGGCAACUUACUAAUUAAGCAUAAUACAGUACACAUGUAUGCACGGUUUAAGAACUCUGUAAUGGAAAACUCAACAGAAUGUUACAUCCAGGUGUAUUAAUAAUCCAGGCUUAAGCCUGGCAGAUGAAACACAUGCAACGUUGCAAGAAAUAUGUUUCUUAUAUGCUUGGAAUGAGAUACCAUAAGCACAGCAGUUUCUCUAUAAUCAGCAUUUAUCUAGUGUUGAGCUGUGGCAAAGAGUGGGAGAAAAAGAUUUGUGCAACAUAGUAUCAUGAUAUUUUGGAUGAAAAAUAACAGUGAAACACAGAGUUUCAGGUUUCAGUGUUUUCUUAUUUAAUUAUUUAUUAAUAUUUGUAAUGCAUAUUAAGCUCAUUGGUAGUCUAAUAAGGCAGUAGAAUCCAUUGUUUUUCUCUCUCUGGUGAAAACAUUUCUUUAGUUUCAGCGAACACGUUUACAUGCACUUUAUAAUCAGAUCAUUAUCGGAUUUCUGCAUUAUUUGAUUAUUCAAGUGGUCAUGUACACAGCAUAUUUCUUAGAUUGGUGUAAGGCCUAGAAGUCUGAUUAAGAAAUCUGAUAAAGAGAGCUGCAUUUUAGUUCAGCAACUGGGUUUUUUAGUGCAUGUAUACUCUUCCUCUGAUUUCUUUCUAUAAGCGUUUCAGUAAAAACAGCAAGCAGACAAUGAAACCAACUGCAUGGUUGAUGUAAUGAAGGAUUUAAAUAUUCUUAAUCUUCAAGAUGAUGUAUAUUCAUAUUUCCAGUAAAGUGACUCGAUGUUAAAAAAAAAAAAGAUAUGGCAUGACGAAACAUUUACGUCACAUCUCAUUCCAAGUUUGCCUGCCUGAUUCAUGCAGACCCAGAGUGAGUUUAUUGGCUGGUUUAUUGCCUAAUUCAUGCAGACCCAGAGUUUCCCUUUAUCUGAUUACCCAAGUGCAUGUAAACAUGUUGGAUUUCUGACAAAAUCUGAUUUUCUGCAAUUAUCAGAUUAUUGUGCAUAUAAACACUCUCAAGUGUGGAGCAAAUUUCCUUUUAGAGGCUUACAUGUAAUUGUAAUUCAUUGCAAUAUGACAUAUUGCAAUACUUUGCACACUGCAAUUCUUUAAAAAUCACAGUACAAUAGUUUCAAAUAGAUUCUGCACACUUUGGAGAUGACGGCUCACAGCAAAUGUUUAUCAGAUUUACAGCAGUGGACAGUAGUUCAACACACUACAUUGCUGUGCUUCAGACUGACCAUCAGGGCUGUUUUAGAGAAAACUAUAGUAGAGCUUUAUACUCUGCUGAUGAUCACACAAUCUCCUAAUAAAACUUAUGGUAGUGAAUACAGUCUCACUAUUUUGAUGAAUUUAUCUCUUUUACAGUAAAAUCUUGCUUCUCAUAACCCGCUGUUUGUGCACGCAGAAUGGGUGCCUUGAGAAUAUUUUACCAUUCAGAGUGAAAACACACCAGACAGGCCAAGGUACAUUAACCCAGCUGUAACACAGAUGUUGUGUGUGUGUGUGUGUGUGUGUGUGUGUGUGUGUGUGUGUGUGUGUGAGUGUGAGAGAGAGAGAGAGAGAGAGAGAGAGAGAGAGAGACAGAGAGAGAGAGAGAGAGAGAGAGAGAGAGAGAGAAACUAAUGGAUAAAGAUGGAACUUAAAAUAAACUUUUCUGAGAAAACUCAUACGGUAGAUUCAUAUUGUAGGUUAUUGCUUUUCUACUUCAACACACUUCUGACAGCAUAACAAUGUUGCACUACAAAAGUGUUUUAAGACAUUUUAUAAACUGCCUAAUAUUAUUUUUAUUUUACAAAACUAACAGAAGAGUUAGAAUUACAAAUAAUAUUAAGCUAGCAUUUUAAUGUUAAUACCCAAGUAUUUACAACAUUUCUCUUGCCAUCCUGUACUUUGUACUUCCAUUCACUGAUCAUUUUAUCAACUCCACCUACCUUAUAGAUCCACUAUACAGACUGCAGCCCAUCUGCUGCUGCACAGAUUAUCAGACCCCUUCUACUCAUCGUUGAUCAGUAUCUGACCACUGUUGUCCAGAUAUCAUUUGGAUGGUGGAUCUUUCUUAGCUCAGUAGUGACACUGACAUGGUAGUGGUCAUCAUUGUGUGUGUGAUGCUGGUAUGAGUGUAUCAGACAUGGCGGUGAUGCUAUGAUUUUUACACAGGUCAAUGUCACUGUUGGUUGAAAAUGGUCCACCACCUGAAAAUAUCCAGCCAAGAGCAGCUUUGAUGAAAAGCUAACACAACCUGUGCAUCAACAGAUGAGCUACAGCAAUGAUUACCAACGUUGGUCAUGGAGAGCUAUCUUCUUGCAGUGUUGGCAGAUGAAGGCAGAGCCCAGUUCCAACCACAAUCUGCGACACCUGCUCCAGCUAAUUAAAUUUAUCUGAAGGCCCUGAUCGGCUCGGUCAGAUACUUUAGUGUAUGGUAAGGGGAGACCCAGCAUGUUAGAGGAAGGUUAGAAUUAAACUCUGCAGGAAAGCAGAUCUCCAAGAGGAGUAUUGGUGACCACUGAGCUACAGUCUCUAACUCAGGCAUGUCAAACUGGGGACCUUGAGGAUAUCGGCAUUUAUCCUCAUCUAACGCUCCCUUGAUGAAGGCCUUGCUAAUUUAGUGAUGAGCUGAAUCAGGUGUGUUUAAUAAGGCGCCGUUGUUGGAUAAUUUCAUUUUCUACAGGUUCGCUGUUCACAUUAGUUGAUGCUUGGGGUUUAAAAAUGCUAGAGAUAUGUUAGCGCUGUAUGUGUACAGAUUUUUUUUUUUAAUCAUUGAUUGCUGUCCUGUGUAACUUAUGCCAUUUUGUAAAAUGCUGUUUUUAGUGUUUUUGAACAUAGUGUAAAAUAGUUGAGGAUUCAGUUCCAUUUCAGUCCAGCCAAGCUCAGGAAAUGUUCAUAAAUUCAACCUGGUAAUUAAGUUAAAUUUACACUUUAAGGGACGUGAUGAGCGGCAGUGUUAGUUAAAUUAGUGUGUUAAAUUCAUCUCCUGAAUUAGCAGCGCUGAAGUGGAGCGGAUCCCUGAUGUACUGAGUUUUUUGGCGUAAUUUCUGACGGAAUCUGCCAUUUGCAGAGGAGCAACGACUGUUUUCACAUUUUUACAGUUUUCUCUUUUCAAGGAGAACAAAUAAAUGAACUGUGUGAUGCUAUUGCAAUAUUUCUGUCUUUUAACAUGGGUGAAAUGUGUUUUCCUCAGCAAGUGUCAGUGUCUUUCAUUAAAUGUUGUCUUAAAUUGUGUAUUUCUAUUUAUUAAUGUUAUAUGCCUGAAUAAUUGCAUUAAACAUCAUUUAAAAUGUU